AUGCCACCGACCGAGGAUAUUGAGGAGACAUUAAAGAAAGCUAAGAUGAAACGAAGAAACGGAAAAUCGACAUUAACACGCCUAGGAAAAGUUAUUAUUGUACAAAUCGGGGGGGAGCGGUCGAACGAAGAGAUUCAAAAGGCGCUAGACAAUUACGAAAAGGCGUACGCUGACCUUGAGGCUAAACAUGAAGAAGUGACAAUGUUAAUAGAAGAUGACGAACAGUUCGAAGAAGAAGAGCAAUGGAUUGAACAGUGUCAGGAAACCUUUCUCCGCUUAAAAAUAGAGGCACAAGAUUAUAUGAAGAAACAGACAAUAACCGAUAAGAAAGAAAAAAAUAAGGAAACCGAAGUUAUAAGUACACCAGAAGAAAACCUCCCAAAUUUAGUUCAAGUAAAUAAGAAUGACAUAUCGGCA